AUGAGCCGCACAUGGCCUCGGUCCCAGUUUGAAAAAGUUGAUGUGCUUCACUGGUGUCUCUUCCAUGAUAGCGAUGAGUUCAGGGCUCAGGUGCUUCGCCAACAAGAAGAAUUGCGCCGACAGAACGAAAAAGGAACAGGGCUUACCUUUCCAUUGGAAGUGAUAGUGCAUCUAUUUGAAAUAAUGCUCCUGCGGGGGCAACUCACGCCGAAGUUCUUGAGGUUAAGCAAGCUCUUCUACCUCAUCGUAGCACCCAUGUUGUAUCGUCAGCCACACCUCCGUGGAGACAAUUUUCUCUCCUUUGUGGAUACCAUCAACGGGAAUAAGACCAUUGGCGAGUACAUUCACCAUCUAGACUUGUCCAACGUCAACCAGUCAGGUAAAAAUGCGUAUGUGGCCAAGCUCCUCAAGAGGUCUAGGCCGUCAUUGCGCUCCUUCACGGCACCUCAAACAAGUUUUGGACUUGCUCCGCUCAUUUCGUUGCGAAGCUGUAAGACUUUGGAGCGCCUAGACCUACGAUUAGUUUCGGAAACACUCAAUCUCGAGGAAUUGUUCCUGGCCAUCAGACAGUUGGAGAAUUUGACUCAUCUCUCCUUUCCACGGUCCUCCAUCGAGAUCAAUGACUACAGCAAUGUCAAAUGGCCACCUAAACUUGAGUAUCUACGUGUUUCGGGAGGAAUCUCUGAUGACUUCCUCAUACACUCGGAAUUCCCGCCGACGAUCGCACACAUGGAGUUCGCACACUGCCCAAAAGUAAAGCAUCUGGGCUUCGAGCAUCUCAUAGAGAAGUUUGGGUAUAAUCUCAAGACGUUGAAGAUACAGUUCCCGAUGCCUGGACUCAUGUCGAACUCGCUUGAUACCAUUUUCAUCUAUUGUCCUUCUUUGCUCGUUCUAGAGCUCAGUGUGGACUAUAUUUCGGCAGAUAUCUUCAAUGUGAACUUGCUUCCAAUGUACGAGAAUAGGCCACUCCGUGCUUUGUACAUCGAUAGCAGUGGAAUGUUGGGUACCACCGACAAGCUCGACCCAAUAGACUUGGCUCUAGCGCUUGAUGAUGGGCGUCUACCAAAUGUGCGUAAUAUUCGUUGCACGGCGAAGUUGGGCUGGAAUCCUGAUUCAGAUGUGGUUUCGUAUAUUGCGGAAGAACUUGAGGAGCGUGGCGGAGGGCUCUAUAUUGGGUAUUGA